GAGAUAGAUCUGGAGGUUCAGAUACAAGGAUUAGUGGAUUGAACCCUUUGGAUUUGAGCUUCUCAUUGAUCCCAGAAUCAAAUCACCACUGGAUCUUAUUUCACCCUUCUUCUUGAUACAUCAUUUCCAAAUAUUAGGACAUGAUGUCAACAUGACAAUGAAAUUCUGCUGACACGGCAAAUGUUAGAAGACUUCCCUUGGUGACACCAAGGCCCCGCCGAGAUAGGAAUCUCACCAUCCAUUUCUUCCCGUGUGUGUGUGUCCCUUGAGCGUUCAAAACUGUUUCUCCAAAGAGUUUUGCAGAAACUAAGACUGUUUUCUAAAGCAGAAGCACCGCAGUCCACGACUGAAGUGAUGGGCAGCGUGCGAACCAACCGCUACAGCGUUGUGUCGUCAGAAGAGGACGGAAUGAAGCUGGCCACCAUGGCAGUUGCGAACGGGUAUGGGAACGGCAAAAGCAAAAUCCAUACCCGACAACAAUGCAGGAGCCGCUUCGUCAAGAAGGACGGGCACUGCAAUGUUCAGUUCAUUAAUGUUAGCGAGAAGGGACAGCGUUACUUAUCUGACAUUUUUACCACGUGUGUAGAUAUCCGUUGGCGGUGGAUGCUGGUGAUCUUCUGCCUGGCUUUCGUCCUCUCGUGGCUAUUCUUUGGCUGUGUCUUCUGGCUAAUUGCGCUUCUUCACGAGGACUUGGGUGCUCCAGAAAACCACAAGCCGUGUGUCACCCAGGUAAACAGUUUCACAGCCGCCUUCCUCUUCUCCAUCGAGACACAGACGACCAUCGGUUAUGGCUUCAGGUGCGUCACCGACGAGUGCCCGCUUGCGGUGUUCAUGGUAGUGUUCCAGUCUAUCGUUGGAUGCAUCAUCGACGCCUUCAUCAUCGGUGCCGUUAUGGCUAAAAUGGCAAAGCCGAAAAAGAGAAACGAGACCCUCGUGUUCAGCAACAACGCUGUCAUAGCCAUGAGGGACGGUAAACUGUGCUUGAUGUGGCGUGUUGGGAACCUGAGGAAGAGCCAUCUGGUAGAAGCGCACGUCCGAGCUCAGCUUCUGAAAUCCCGCAUCACGUCAGAAGGCGAGUACAUCCCUUUAGAUCAAAUAGACAUUAACGUUGGAUUUGACAGCGGAAUAGACAGAAUUUUCUUAGUUUCCCCCAUUACCAUUGUACACGAAAUUGACGAAGAAAGUCCUCUGUAUGAUUUGAGCAAACAGGACCUGGACAAUUCUGACUUUGAAAUUGUUGUGAUAUUGGAAGGCAUGGUAGAGGCGACAGCAAUGACCACCCAGUGCCGGAGCUCAUAUCUGGCAAGCGAAAUAUUCUGGGGCCACAGGUAUGAGCCUGUUCUUUUCGAAGAGAAGAAUUACUACAAGGUGGACUAUUCGAGGUUCCACAAAACCUAUGAAGUGCCCAACACCCCUAUUUGUAGCGCCAGAGACUUAGCAGAGAAGAAGUACAUCAUUUCGAACGCAAACACGUUUUGCUACGAGAAUGAAGUAUCGCUAACGAGCAAAGAGGAGGAAGGCAGCGAGACCGGGGUAGCGGAUAGCAUGAGCACGGAAAUGCAUCCUGAGAUGGACCAUCACAACCAGGUUCCUCUUGAGCCUAGGCCUUUAAGGCGGGAAUCAGAAAUAUGACUAAUGAACCGUUGCCUUCAGCUUGGCAAAUUGUUUGGUCAGCGCCUAAUGCUGAAAAGGGACCCAACGCGGUUUUCUGACGUCUGUACUGUCGAACCGAGGUUUCAAAUGAAUGCGACCUUCAACUAAAACCAACAGGAAAGCAACCGCAAGUGCAGAUGAGAAAGGUUUGGGUUGGGGCAACGUAAGCUGGAACGUUCCAGGUCGCUGGACGAGGUCCCACUACGCAUUGUGAUACGGAGGGGCAGCGUUCCGUGCGGUGAUGCCCCGGAUAUUGCUAGGGCGGAUCAUGAAAUGAUCACCAUAGAUCGUAGAAACACCAUCUCGGUCUCUGGGUCGCCCCCCCGGAGUAACUUCGACUCUCCCUGCCCUUCCAACAGUUGUAUCGAGACCUUACACACAUUGCGUUUUUCAUGGACGGACAACUGAGACAGAGCACUAAAAAACAUUCAAGUGUAACCAGAAGGCACAUAAUAUUGUAAAAUAAGUUAUGUAUAUUAUUUUUUUUUGACAAAACUUGAACUUGCAGACAAGCUUGUUGAGUUUUCAACUUCUCUGUAAUAUUGGGAACAAGCCCAUUUUUAAUGGCAUAACAAUAGGCAACUAUCUGCCUUAAAUUUGAAGCUGCUGCUAUAUUUACGUACACCUGUUUGGUUCCGCUGCGGUGUAAACAUUUUAUGUUUUCAGUGUUUUUAGCUGUAUCGAGAGAUAACGGGCAACGCAACGAUAAGACGUUGGCCAAAAAAAACAAAAAAAUGCCAAAUUUUUGUAAUUGGAAGUCCCGCCAAUAACAACUUCGUUUCAAGAGGGAACCUGCUUCUCGGUUUGGUGGGAGAUGCAGUAAAUUGUGCAAAGUUUUAAAAAAAUAUCUCCAGUUCCAAUUUUUGGUUAUAUGAUGACUAUGUACUAAAAGGGGUACU